AUGAAGAAAGAUUUGUCUGAAGAUAUCAUCAAGGAUGAGGAAAGUUCUAAAAAUAAAGAUAAUAACUUAUCUAAUGAAUAUGAAGAUUUCAAUGAAAUCAUUCAAAUUAAUAAUAUGGAAAGAAAUAGUGCUUUACAGUUUUUGAUACACUAUAAAAAAUAUAGUACUUUACAAACAAAUAAAUCUUCAUUAAUAAAUUCUGUUCUAGAAGAACAUGAAUUGAAAAAUAUAGAAGAUAAUUAUACAAUGCAACAACAAACUAUUUUUAAUAAUCAACAAAUACAAUUCACAACUGAUGAUGCUAGUAAGCAAAUAGUUUCUGCACAAGAUAACUUUACAAGUAAUCAAGAAAGAAUUACAAAAGAUAAACAAGUUGCAAAUAAAAAUCUUGAAGACUAUCAUUCUAAAAUGAAAUGCCAGAUGCAUACAAAAUACAAUAUUCAUAAACAUGUUUAUGAAGUUGGUGAUUUAGUAAAAAUUCAAGUUACCAAAAUUGAUCGUGGCCUUACAUUUUCAGCUAGUAUAGUUUUAUCACUUAGACCAAAAGAAUAUCUGGAGUUGGAUAAUCCUUUAACCAAUGUAACUGUUAGUAUAAUUGAGGUGGCAAGAUUGUAA